AUGUAUGGUUCAGAGAUUAACAAGAGAAAAGAGCGAAGAAUGAGUAUUCUUAGAUGGAUAAGCGGAGUAACUAGAGAAGAUAGGAUAAGGAACAAAUAUAUAAGAGGGACUAUAGGUGUAGUAUUAACUGUGGAUAAGAUGCGAGAAAAUAGAUUAAGAUGGUUUGGUCAUGUUAUGAGGAAAGAGGAAUCUGAAACUAUAAGAACAGUUAUAGAAAUUAAUGUUGAGAAAAAGAGAAUUACUAAAAAAAUUGUUUACACUUACAUAGUUUCACUAUUAGGACAAAGUGAGGUAUUUGGGGAAGGAAAUAAACGAUUUAUGACUUUAGCUCAUAAAGCUCAAAUGCGUAGAUUUACAUCAGAUUUGUUACGUGUUCUCAAAUCAGUUGCUA